GUACUCAUCUACACCGGUGAAAUUCAAUAUAGAGUUUAUGUGUAUAGUUUACGGCAUAAACUCGUUAUAACGAGAGUUAACAACGUCGGUGAUGAUGAUAAUGAUGAUGUUAUGCUAUCGUGAUCGAUCAAUUCCUAAAGAUUCAAAUUUUAUGCAAUUAUUUUAUCAUUCAUUGAAAAAGUUUGCCGCUAUGUACAAAGUUUAUGUACAAUUGAUUUUGUCCGAGAUUAAUUUGGAACAAUUAAACGAGAUGAUGAAGUUAUCAUUAAAAACUAAUUAUAUUAAAAUUAUAUCCAAUCAAUCAAUUAAUCAUCGUUAUAUUUUUAAUAUAUUACAAAAGUAUAUGCAUUGUUUUAAAGAUGCAUUCUAUUCGAAUCAUAAUUUUAACAUAUUUCUAAAAUAUUUAAAGCAUUUUAUUAGCAUGCAAUAUGGUUGUGGUAUUGAACUAUCUUCAAUUUACCAUUCAUUUAAAGUACCGGAUGAUAGAUCAUCAAUAUGGCGACCGUAUUUUUAUUCACUCGUAUACACUUUAUUAAAUGGUAUAGUUGUCUUUUACUUGAAGAAAUAUUUUCGGUGGUGUGAAUUUAAUUCGGUUGUACCGACAGUAGCUUAUUUCACUUAUGAAUGUUGGAGAAAGAUGAGCAUUGAUUUUAUCAAUGAUUUAACUAAAAAUAAUAUAAUUCAAAAAAGAAAUCCUACUUUCUCAACAUCAGUAAUGUAUUCAAAUGAAUAUAUAAAUAGAACAUAUGUAUUAACACAUAGUAUUGGACGUUUAUCUAUGAAACGUUCUGGAAAAGCUUUUCGUUUAGUUAUUAAUGCUAAUUAUCAUUUAUUAUCAUCGAAGAAUUUAGUAAAUAAGCAAGAGUCAAAUUCAAACAUUCCACAUUCCAUUGAACAUUGUUUGAGUCUGAAUCAACGUUUAAAAUUAAACAAUGGUCUAUUUGAAUUUUUUCGAAAAUUAAGAAUUGAAUUUCCUGGUGUUUAUGCACCAUCUUUAUUAUCGACAAAAUCUGCAUUCAACACUUUAUUAUCAUUUCGUUCACUUGUUUAUUCAAUAGGAUUUCGUCGAUUUUGGAUUGCGAAAUUAGAUAUUUUGGAUUGUUUCAAUCAGAUUAAUCAUUCAAAAUUAUUAGAAAUAUUCUCUAAUAUAUUGAAUGAAGUCAGUGAUUAUAUGUAUCCAACACCAAAUAAACGUUUCCUUAUUCGUGAAUUGGAAUGGCUUUUAAAAGAAUCCAUCAUUUCUAUUGAUGGGAAAUUCUAUUCAUUUGUCAAAGGUAUACCUCAAGGAUCAUGUAUUAGUUCAGAUUUGGCUAAUAUUUAUUUAACUCAAUUAGAUCGUGAAUUAUACAACAACACACAAUUUAUUCUUUGGUCACCUCAUAAAUCAUUACAAAAUAAUGUAUUUAAAACAACGAAUAUACAUUUAAGUAAAUGUUCAACUAUUCUUCGUUAUUUAGAUGAUUAUUUGUGUAUAUCAACAUCUAAAAUUGAAUUACAAAAUGUAAUCAAGAAAAUCAAUACUAUACUUAACUCUUAUGGAUUAAAGUUGAAUGAACAAAAAUCAGAGACUAAUUUAAAUGACCCAAAUUUCCCUGUACAAUGGCUUGGGAUUGAAAUUCAUUCUAGUUUAGCAAUCACUUUACCUAAAACUGAUAGUCCACCAAAAUUUUGUCGAUUCUCUGGUCAACCGUUAUCAGCUAAUGGUUGUAUGCGACGAUUAUGCAAAUUUCGUCUUCAUUGUCCAAUUUGGCGUUUCACUUUUCACAAGAUAAUCUAUGAUAGUAACAUAAGACAAAAUAUAUUCAAUUGUAAGAAUGUCAAUAUCAGAAAAACUGAUUAUUUGUUGCAAAUUAACGCUAAUCGAUUGGGUAAUAGAAUAGCAGAUAUUGUAUGGAUAACUUUAAAAACUUCACCGGACAAAGAGAGAUUACUUCAACCGUCUAUUUGUCGAAGACUGGCACAAGCAGUAUUUAGGUGUAUAUCUGUGAAUAUUGGCUUCAGUCGAUUCUGGUUAUAUCAUAUAACUGUCAAUAGUUUCAUUAGACGUUUACUUCCGCAUAAAGGUGAAUUGAAAUGGUUGAUUGUUUGGAUGCAACAGUUCAGUAGUUUGAACAAAACAAAAUUUUUAUUUCAUCAUAAUAAAGACAUGUCACGGGAAAAGGCUAAAAGCGGUGAACAUAAUGAAGAACAAAAGUGUCAGUACGCAGUCUUUGUACAAAUGGAAAGUCUGAAUGAAAAAUUGAAACUACUAAAUUAUGAGAAAAAAUUUUGCAAGCGACGACAUCAAAAACCUAUCACAAGACAUUAUUUCGCAAUUCCGACUAAUCCUGGUGAACAGUUUCAUUGUUUCACUGCCUUAGCUGCAUGGUUGAUUUCACAGGUAAACUGUAAAAUUGAUCAACCACAAGAAUAUGAUGACCCAAAUGCAACAAUAUCAACUAUUCUAGAUGCUAUCAGAACUCUAGGGUAUAAUGUAGAGUUCCCACCCUUAAAAUUGAAAAGUGGAUGUGGUGAAUAUUGCAUUAAUGUUCUUAAUAUGCUGGCUGACGCAAGCCUUCAGGUUCAGAAUAUCAAGCUGUUACCACCUAAAUAUCCAGAAGAUGAAGUGAAUGAGUCUGGUGUCCAGGACGACGAGGCAUCGCAUACUGAUGAGGAAACAGAAGAGUGCGUCGGGGCACCAAUCGUUAGUCGGUUCAAAUAUAGUCUACCAGACUGCGAUGGAUUAGGAAAUUGCGAGGAACAAAGUGAUGAUGAUUACGACGAUGAUGAAGUGAUAGAUUUAAAAGGACUUAAUCUAAAAUCUGCCCAAACUCAUAGAACAGAUUUGACUGGAAAACAGACAGGACUUAAACCUACAGGCAAAACAGAUGAGAAAAGAUCAAAUAAUAAUGGAGUCUUGGAAUGCUCUACAGACCCAGCAGACUGGAAACUUGAAGUCGAACGAAUAUUACCACAAUUACGUGUCAAUGUUCACAGUGAUAUCAAGGACUGGAGAACUCAUCUAGAUCAAAUGAAGAAACUGAAAAUGGAGAUCGAAACCACGUUCCAGGAUGCUAAAUCGCAACUAGUCAGAUUACACAACGACCUGAAUUCUGAUGUUGAUAAAAUAAAUAACCGAGAGAAGUAUAUGAAUAAUCAAGUGGAGUCUUUGUUGGCUCAGUACAGAACUGUACAGGAUAACUUGAGGGACAUAACUGCCAGGUAUCGAGAAGCAAGUAGCGGGAUCGCUACUCGAAGUCGUACGCUAGCUGAAAUUAGUGAAGAGUUGGAACGCGUCAAAACAGAGAUGGACGAGAAGGGUUCAAGCAUGACAGAUAGUUCUUCUGUAGUGCGUAUAAAACAAGCUAUUCAACGUCUGAAGACAGAGAUUACUACAAUGGACAUCAGAACUGGUGUUUUAGAACACAUACUGCUAAGAACAUAUUUACGAGUUCGCGAAGAUAGUCAAAAACCAUUUUCUAAAGUAAUCGAACCGUCCAACGUAAAUGGGGCAUUUGUUUUCUGA